AUGUAUUCUCUGAGCAACGAAGUCACAGAGCCGAAAUCCGCUUACGGACAUGCCAUGGCAAAGACGUUGCUGGACUACACGAGGACGUUGGAUCCCACACGCCCCAACACAAUCGCCAUAAACCUCCUCCUAGCAACGCUCUUGUACUCUAAAAAGCCACCAGGAGACCCACAUGCACCGCCUCGUGCAUCUGGCUCUGCAACCGGCAGACUGGGAAGUCCAUUGAUCAACGUCCUGAUCUCGCUCUUCGUCGGCCUCAUGGACUAUGUGCCUCGACUCCCGUACUGCAACGUCAUCACUUCAUCUCUCUUCGCUUACAUGGAUAUCACGGGUUACAACUACGGGUCCUGUCGAUACACUACGGAUGCUUCCUUGCAUCCUGGGCGCAUCAUGCUAGGCACCGAGACGCUUCCACGUGAUGUCGCGAGGAAUUGGGCCAUGGUAGAACGCAUAUCGGCUUUGAUUGGCGAUUUCAUGUGGACGGGCUGGGAUUAUAUCGGUGAAACCGGACUGGGUGGGUUUGAAUACGAUGGGCCGUGGUACUCGCCUGGGAUGGUAUAUAAGAAUUAUCCGUAUCUGGUUGGAGGAUGUGGCGCGUUGGAUAUCACCGGUUUGCCAAAUGCCUCGGCUUCCGUUGCGCAGGCGGCUUGGAAAAAGAUACAUGGGGGACCCAUCAUCGCCGUUAGACCGCUCGAUGUGUCGGACCUGCGCUAUCGCACGACGGUGUGGCGGUCUUCAGACGCGAUAGUGGGAUGGGAAUGGAAAGGCCGCGAUGGGCAAAUGGCAUACAUUGAGGUCUUCAGUCGGGACGAUGAGAUUGAACUCCUGCUCAAUGGACGCAGUCUGGGUAAGAAAAAGAUCGGGCUGGACACAAACUACACAGCGCACUUUACAACUCCAUACGAACCAGGACUCGUCGUCGCUGUCGGCUACCCCGCUGGUAAGGAAACUUCUCGGUCUAGCAUUCAGUCUGCUGGCGCCUCUUCAAUCCGCAUCACCAACGAGUCUGGGAAGACGCCUCUUAAAGCCGACGGCCAGGACCUGGCGUUUCUGCGAUUGGAGCUGCAGGAUCAAGAUGGUGUUGUGGAGAUGGGUGACGACGAUGAGGUGGAAGUUGUGGUCAAGGGCCCAGCAAGUCUUGCUGGGUCGGGGUCGGCAAAGCCCCAGACGACGGAGCGGUUUGAUGAUAACAUCCAUUGGACUUAUCGUGGCAGAGCGUUGUGCGCUGUUAGGGCGGGUAAGGAAGGAGGGAGGGUGGAAGUCAUGGUGAAGAGUAAAAGACACGGGGAGGCGAGUGUUGACAUUGUACAGCGUUUAGAGGAGACAUGA